AUGCUGUGUACGGCGGCAGGCAGCGCGCUGGAUGAGCUAAGCAACAGGAUGAUCAGGGAGGGCAAGUGCAUCUACAAGUUGGGGCUCGGCCAGUCGCCGUUCCCGAUUCCGCAGUGUAUUGUGGAUGAACUCAGAGCGAACUCGCAUCGGCGCGACUAUUUGCCCGUUGCCGGACUGCCGGAGCUGUGCGAUGACAUUGCUGCGUGGGGUACGGAUCGACUGCACAUCAACUACUCGCGGGACGAUGUUCUGGUGGGCCCUGGAACGAAGGAACUGCUAUUCGUGCUGCAAACGGUGUAUUACGGAGAUCUACUGCUACCCAACCCGAGCUGCACGAGUUACGCGCCGCAGGCUGCUAUCGCGGGGAGAAACAUGAUGUGGCUUCCCACUCAUGCAGAAGACCAUUUCGUUCUUCGUCCACAGGUUCUUGAAUCCCAUUGCGCUAAAGACCCAGAUGCUCCUAGGAUCCUCAUUCUAAACAGCCCGUCCAACCCAACUGGGUGCGCAUACCAGGCCGACGAGCUGGAGGCACUGGCAAAGGUCGCAAGGAAAUACCGGAUCCUCGUCGUCUCCGAUGAAAUCUACUCGGAGCUGCAUCAUUCUGGCACACACCUGUCACUGUCCAAGUACUACCCGGAGGGGACCAUCGUUUCCGGAGGACUGAGCAAGUGGUGCGGCGCUGGAGGCUGGCGUAUGGGCUUCUGGUUGUUUCCGCCCAGCAUGGGCUGGCUGCGCAGCAGCAUGUUGGUUAUGGCGUCGGAAACCUACACGUCGGUCGCGUCGCCUAUCCAGCAUGCCGCCCGACGAGCCUGUGUCGAGCUCUCCAUGUACAAACGCAAGUGCCAGAAGACGCUGCAGCUCAUCGGUCGCUGGUUCGCCUACCAGCUCCAGAAGAUGGACGUCGAGGUGCAGGUCCCCGAGGCCGGCUUCUAUCUGUUCCCGUGCUUCCGGAGACACCGCAAGGCGCUGGCGUUGAGAGGCAUCUUGACGGACGAGCAGCUGUGCGCCCAGCUGUUGCAGGAUACGGGCGUGGCAAUCUUGCCGGGUUCAGCCUUCGGACGGUCGCCAGAGGAGCUCUUCGCGCGGCUGGCGUUCGUGGACUUCAAGGGCGACCUCGCGCUUUAUCUCAUCGAGAGCAUGCAGGACGACCCAUCUCUGGAGGCCAUCGAGGGCUUCAUUCAGUCGGUCUGCCCGAACCUUGACAUCGCGAUGCGCAAGCUGGCGGCGUGGAUGGCUCUUGCUCGGCCGUCUGCCGCGCCAGCAGCGGUCAGCGCCGCGGGCGUCGCCUUCUAG